GAACCUUGUUCCAGAGAGGAGAAUGGGAGCUCAAAACAAGCAUCUUCCAAUGGAUAACCUCUCUGUGGGGCCUUCCCCAUAUAGACCUCAUGGCUUCGGAGAAGAACUACAAGAUCAAACAUUUUUUCUCCAGAGUCCCAUCAGCUCGAGCAGUGGGAAUCGAUGCCUUUUCCCAGAACUGGCGGAACCUCUGGGCUUACAUCUUCCCUCCAUUCCCGAUCAUCUUCAAAGUUCUGAGGAAGAUUCUUGUCUCUCACAUGGACGUGAUAGCCAUAAUUCCAGAUUGGCCACGCAGGCCAUGGUAUCCCCUCCUCAGACGAUUAUGCAUUUGUCAACCCCUGAGAUUGCCUUUGAUGGAGGAUCUCUUAAUGCAGGGCCCGUUUCUUCAUCCGAAUCUCAGCAGUCUCAAUCUUGCGGCAUGGAGGUUGAGAAGUCCAGACUUAGGCGACGGGGAUGCUCUGACCAAGUGAUUAAUACUCUGUUGAAGGCCAGGAGGCCUGGAACGUCUAAUACUUACCAUAGAAUAUGGCAGCGGUUCGUUUCCUGGGCCAGAGAGAAGAAUCUUGAUCCUUUGCAACCUUCUACACCCAUGAUUCUGGAGUUUCUGCAAGCAGGCUUAGAUUACGGGCUAAGUUUAAGUUCCUUAAAAGUACAGAUCUCUGCCUUGUCUGCAGUGUUAGGAGAAAGGUGGGCUGAAGACCCCUUGAUAGAGCAAUUUUUCAAAGCCGUUUUGAGAGUGAAACCUCCUGUAAAGAAAUCCUCUCCACCUUGGGAUUUGCCGUUGGUCCUUCAGGCUCUUUCAGCUGCUCCUUUUGAACCCAUUGAUCAGAUUCCUCUCUGGUGGUUAUCCCUCAAGACGGUGUUCUUGGUGGCCGUGACUUCAGCAAGAAGAGUUGGGGAGCUGCAAGCUCUGUCUGUAGAUCAACCCUAUACCAUUUUUCAUGAAGAAAAAGUUGUGUUAAGAACUGUUCCGUCCUUCUUGCCUAAAGUCCUCUCAAGAUUCCAUGUUAAUGAACCUAUUAUUUUACCAACCUUACCUGUUGAGAAUGGGCAGAGUUCCUUGGAUGUUAGGAGAUGUCUUCAGGUCUACAUCGACAGGACAAAGUCCUUAAGAAAGUCUCAGAGACUCUUCGUGGUACCGGCAGGGUCAAGAAAAGGAGAAGCGGCAGCAAAGUCUACUUUGAGCAGUUGGAUUGUUAAAACCAUCCUUCAAGCCUACAAGGAACAGGGCAGGUCAUCUCCUAGAGCGGUGCGAGCUCACUCAACCAGAAGUAUUGCAGCCUUUUGGGCAGUGGAGGCAGGAGUUUCGCUUUAAACUAAGACGAAGGAGACCGGUGUUGGGGAGGUACUUAUGCUGAUUGGGGGCGUGGUUGUUUUCUUCUGCUGUAGCUGACAGAGGAGUGCAUACCCGUGUGUUUUGACAUGCUGCCGUGGGGAUGACCAGGAAAGGAAAAUU